GUUUUAACGUUCUGAUUUAUGCAGGAUUCAGCCCAAACUUGCCCACCACAAUUUUUUAAGUCGAAGCAUACCUAAGCUUUCUGACUCAGAAUUGCGAUUCUUUACUAUAAAUCUGUCCAAUUUUAUUUCAUUCCUGAUCCGGAUCUUCUUCGAUUGCGUGUUCAACCUCUUCAAUCAUGGCGACCUUACGGUCGAGGAAGUAUCUAAGUUGCUUCUACUGCGGAAAACGAUCCAAGUUGCGAUUUGAAGGCCAGAAAUCAUUCGACUGUACCAACUGCGAUGCAACUAAUUGGUUGGAUGAACAUGGAGAUAUUACCGAUCCUCCCUCGACGACGUCAUCCGUUGAGCGCACUCAAAUCCAAUUCGCUAUUCCUCGAGCGGCGGUCCGUUCCCCAACACGAUCGAUGUCACCGGACGGAGUGGGUUCCGAAGAAUCCGUUUUCUGCGAUGCAUGUUUAAGAAACCAACACAUGCUCACGAGUUCCCUUGCACAAUUUGAAUGGCCCGAAGAUCAGAGCGGCCCCGAGUAUUUGGCCCGAGAAAAGAAGUAUUGGGCGCUCCGAAAGGAUCUCGAAAAGCGAUACCCUCAAAUGUGCGCGGAAUGCGAGCCCAAGGUGGAAAAGAAGCUGCAUGAGGCUAGCUACACAGCACAAACAGACCAUCUACGCCGGAUGAUGGACCGCACACGAUCACAGCGAAAAGAUGUGAAGAAACGAGACAUUCUCGAUAUCUUUGACUAUGCGGGAAAGUGGAGUUGGUAUCUUGGUUUUAUUCUUCAGAUCGCAUGGCACGUUGCUGUGAUCUGGCCCGUUUUCGCGCAACAGUAUACCCUUGGUGGAACGGACUCUUGGAUAGCUACGGCUCUGAAAAACGUACAACAAAUUGGCGAUAUUUGGUUGCCUCCAGCAGACCGACUCAUGAAGUGGGCAAUUAAUUCAGGGUUGUGUUCGCUGCCAUGGAAUCCACGCUUCAAGCAAACCAUUCGAGGUUUUACGGCGCAUUAUCUCGGGUUCAAGCAAUGGUACACAUACCAACUACUCAUACUAUUGGUACGGUACGUUGGUCUCUCGAUGGCGCAGUAUAGCUCUCAGAAGGGACUGUAUGUGUCAGCACAAUUGGGGGCACAGAUUGCCAUAGUGAUCAUAACGGCCUACAUAUAUCACGCGUCGGGAAAAUCUAUUCGUACGGAUACGUCGCCUCUUUUUCGACGUCCAGAGAUGAAACGUUCGCCGAAACCUACGACAAGAUCAAGGUCGCCGAACGAUCAAAAUGAUCUUGGAAGCAUUCUAGAUGAGAUUUCCCGGGGCUCAAACACCUCCCACCCGGCUAUCGAGGAUAGUGAGCUUUUUAGUGGAAGCAGCGGACUACAUGAAAAUCAGCUUACCGAAUCUCGUCUCGGGUCUCUGCGUUUGUCCGAGCCUGCGGAGCCCGCUGUGGUCGAAAAGCCGGCACCUCGGAUCGUCCACUAUGAGUCCGAAAUGGACUGGACGCCGUCUGCUUCACAGCAUCGAGCAUUUAGCUCAUAUAAUCCAUAUAGGGUCAAAAACACCAACCCUCGUUUCAGCGACGCCCCCCUGGAACCGAAACCUGGUCCAAUCUGGUAUAAAGUUCCUCCAGCACCCACUAAUCCAGCGCAAAGACUACGCAAUCCUCCUAUGCGUCCAAUUAUUAGGGAGAGUCCGAAGGAGAAGAAAGAGAACUUUUUUCAAAGCUCUACUAGAGGACCUCUUGACAUAGGAUCGUCAACACAAGGAAAAGGUCUAUCGGAUGUUAACUUUGCCGAACCGAAGUUCUUCGCACCAGAAGAUAAAAACGAUCCGAGGGAUAACCUCUCGCGUAUGUUCGCGAACUCCUUCAGCAUCAGUCCUAGUCCGGACGAGGAUGCAUUCCGGGGUUCAAGACGUACAGUCACCAAUUCUAUCUUCAAAACUAGCCAGGGCACGGCGGGCAAGCAGAAAUAUCGCACUCCACGCCUUGCAGAGUUGUUCGUGCUUGCUGGUGCGCUUUACGCAUGGAUCUCGGCUCUAGGUACAAGUGAUCAAUACGGCCCGAGCCUUGCCCUCGCUUCGGUCAUAGCAUGUUUAAUCGUUUCGAUACGACUUGCUGCAGAUCUACAAUAUGAGGUUCAGAUGAGAGAAGGGAAGCAGCCAUCGAUUUUUACGCCGUCAUUGGCGAAUUUGGGAUUUGCGCAAGUGAUAUCUUCUCUCGUUCUUGCAUGGAACAUAUGGUCGUAUAACGGGACGGAUAUCCCGUGCCAUACAUACGGCAGCGUCCACUUCGCGACUGUGAUUAUUCAUCACAUGUGGCACACAUUUGUAUAAAAGGCGGUGGCAAGAUUUGGGUACCAUUGGCUACAUCGAGUCAAGGAUUCGUAUAGCGUGGCUUGUUAGAUCGGCGCUGGUUAAUGCACUCACGGCUCGGAGUUGUUGAAGGAAAG